AUGGCUUCUUCUCCCUCCUCAAUUUCAUCUUCAAGGAAGAGAAAGACGAGCUCCUCUGUCUCUUCUCCGCCUCCGUCGAACGAUCAGAGGAAGAAGUCGAGUUUCCAAAGGAGACAGCUGACGGUGAUGAAGAAGGCCGAAGAACUCUCGACUCUCUGCGGAACCCAAGUGGCCGUUAUCUGUUACGGACAAGACGGAGAGCUUCAGACAUGGCCCAGAGAUUUGUCCAAGGUGAGAGAAUUGGCCGUCAAUUACAUGAAACAGAACGACACCAAGAAACGAAAGAAAUCCCUGAAUUUGUCCGAACUUCGGGGGAAGGCAGAGAAGGGUUGUUUACCAAAAACGAAGACAGAGAAGGGUUUCGAACUCAAUACCCAAAAGCUCGAUGCUUUGUCCGCUGAAAAAUUGUCGGAGCUCGGGGAUAAUUUGGGACGCGAGAUGAAGACCCUUCAGGAGAGGCUUCGGUUUCUGGGAACGCAAAAACAGAAGAAGAAUGCCGAGGAAAACCAAAGCAGAAACCUUUUUCGCGAUCAAGAAAAUCAAGAACCUGCGAUUCCAUCGGGUCUCCAAGGAAACCACCAGGCAUUUAUGUUGUCGGAUGCGCCCUUCGAUUACCUCAGCGAAACCUGGCUUUCUAAUUCUGAGUUUUUGGGGACGGAGAUCAGUGGCCAAAUUGGCAACAACGGCUACAUGGGCAUGAACGUGGGAGAUCAUUCAACCUUUCUCGUGUCACAAACACGCCAGAAUAUUGGGUUUCAACCUGUGAAUGACUUCAGUAGUAUCAUGAUCAGUAACAAUAGCUAUAUGGGCAUGAACAUGGGAGAUCACUCAACCUUUAUUGUACCACAAGCAUGCCAGAAUAUCGGGGUUCAACCUGUGAAUGACUUCUGUGGUAUCAUGAGCAGUAACAACGGGUACAUGGGCAUGAACAUGGAUGACCAUUCAACCUUUGUUGGGCCACAAGCAUGCCAGAAUAUUGGGGUUCAACAUGCGAAUGGCUUCAGUAGUGUUAUGGCCAGCAACAACGGCUGUGUGGGAGAUCACUUAAACUUUUCUGUGCCGCUAGGAUAUCGGGGUUCAACCUGCGAAUGA